AUGAAUAAUAAAAGAAUAGCAAUUAAAAUAGACAUGAACAUUGGAGAUCAGUUAACAUAUAUAUCUUGUGGUCACAUAAUAGUUGAAAUUAUUAAAUUUAUAGCGUAUCAAAGACUGCAAAUUCCAUACACAUAUCAGUGGUUAAAACAAAUUGUUAAUAAAAGAAAGUCUUUUGAAAACAAAAAGGAGAGUUAUCAAUCAGAACGGCACUUUCAUGUCGCAUCUACGGCAUUGAGUAAUCUCGACUUUAUUAUAAAGAAUCUUUUAAAUGAGAUAAAUGGUUCAUCUCUUCCUGAAGAGAUUUGCAUUGCAUUUGGCGCAACGCCUGUGACUUGUAAGGAAAUAUAUCGCAUUUUAUUACCUACUGUAUGCCACAAACUUCAGUGUCAUUCUAACCAUAUUGCAAGCGAUCAAAAGAUACAAAGAAAUGUCUUCAAGAAUUUAGUAACAUCUGAAAAAUUAAGUCAAGUAUUCAUUGAUUCACUUCAUCCAACUAAUAUGUAUCUUUUCAUGAAAAAAAGUACUAUAAGUAGCUUAGAUGUAGUGGAUAAUGAUAGUUUUGUGCUUAUAAAUGGCUAUAGAAUUCCUAAAAGUUGCAAAGUCGUUACUCUUGACUUUAGGAAUCAGAAUCCUGAAAAUAUAUCUUGUUGCAACAAAUUUCAAAUAUUUGGGGAUAUGAUUACCAAGGACCUAGAAAACUUUAAGUUAAAUUGUAAUUUAGACGAUGAUUUCACUGAAAUUGAAUCUACUAAUGAUAUUAAGUGGUUUCAAUCUAACUAUAUAAUGAAAGGUUUUAAAGAUUGCAUUGUUAAUGGUCAUUCAGUGACAAAUAUGUGGCUUGAACCU